UAAAGACAUCUGAAAUUCAUGUCUUUAAGGCAUCUUUAUAACGUACGAAACGAACGUAUUAAUUAUUCGAACGCAUUGUUAAAUGAAACGAAUGCUAAAUGUAUUUAUAAGUGUGAAUGGAAGACAAAAUAUGUCAGCAAACACUUGGACCGUCGUGAGGUUUGUGGAAGACGGUACCGUCGAGGCUGUCCCGUCAGCUUGGAUGCGAGGAGAUUUAUGCCACUGGCCACCGUUGCACAGAAACAGCUUAACAGCCGCAAUUAAAAGGUCCGAGCCGGUAAAUUUAUCCUGGCCGACCCAUACCAUUCAAACUUUUAAGCACGGCAUUUUUGAUACUUAUAUUAAAGCAAGAGAAAAAGCCAGGAUAGCGGAGGACAUUAGCGACCUUCAGUCAGAAGUUGAGACAAUGCGAAGACGAAAAAGAACUCGCAGAUUUGUCUCAUCGGAGAGCGAGGAAUCGGAGAGUGAUUCUCUGACUUUACCCUCGCCUCCACCGAUGACGGAAGGGAGAAAGGAAAUGACAACGGUCGGCGAUAGUGCUGCAGGGAAUGCAGCCCUAGCAUCCGCGGCAGCUCCCACCGUAACAGCCACGGCAGGUCCCAGCAGUAGCGGAUGCAAUGAUUCAGAGAUGUGUAAAUGCUGCAGAGAGAGAAAUCAAUACCUGGAUACAAUAAUCAAGCAAAACCAUCUAAUCCGCGGAUUGUUAAUGGAUUUGACGGCUGACAUGAAGGAAUUAAAAUUAGCACACAAAGUUGGCUCUGUUGCAGACAGCCAGUUUCAUUAUAUUCUAGAUAUGAGGGACUGAAGUUCCCCCUUACGCGGGAAGAAGAUUUAUUGGUCUUAGAAACCUUCCUAGCAAAGGAGGACCAUUUUAAAGAUGCAAUUCAGGAAUUAGCAAAAAUAGGGGGGGACAACAACUACCAAUUUGUAAAAAGGGUGUUGUCCUCAGUUAUAGACAACAACUUAGCACUGAAAUACAGCUGGCUGGGAAGAAAGGGCAAGAAAGUAUUCUGCACCUUGCAUUUAGCUAGGUUGGUGAUAUCUGCUGCUGAAACGGCAAACCUUGGUGAUACCAAAAGAGCAACAGAGGUAUCAAUACAAAAUUGGCUGAGGAGAGCGUUUGACAGAAAUCAUAUAACCCCAAAACAAUUUUGAACGAACAUUGUAUAUUUUCAACGGACUACGUUUAAACAAAAUAUUAUUAUACUGAAAACGAUUAUACUUUAAUUAAACAAUAUUUAUGACAUCUGUAGGGUAUAUAUAAGAUAUCUUUAGGGCAUUCAUAAGACAUCUUUAAAACGUCUGUAAGGCAUCUGUCAGAUAUCGGUACGACAUCCUUAAGACAUCCCGUUUUCUAACAUAGGAUAUUUACAGGACGUAUUUCAGGCAUUUGCAGGACUUUUCAGAUAUUCGUAAGAUUAACCUCCCGUAUCUCCAAAAUUACCCCUAUGCUCAACUUCAAUUUUUUCUGAGAUUACUGUACCAUUAUAUAGAAUUGAUUGAUUGAUUGAUUGAUUUGAAAUUCGAGUGGGAAAAAAUUGAUAAAAAAACGUGUUUUUGGGGUGACUCUUUGAUACUGUCAGUUAGUUAGGUUUAUAUUUAUUGCUUCUACUGUAUCAAUUUUAUGAGUAAUUUAAAUACAACUAGUGAUGGAACCCAUACCCAGAAAAUAGAAUCGAAUUGGCGGCAAAAGACUGGUUGAAGGGGAAGGAUUGUUUUCACGACGACGAAUUUGCCAAAAGAUUAUGCGAAUUCCUGUAGCGAUGGUUUUUCGACAACAAUAUGUUUUUAAAUAAGGUAAGCGGAAGUUAAGUUCUAGGGUAUGCGAGAACCAAUCAGGUUAUACAUAUAAGGCAAUAUGGCGUCACAGUAACAUAGCAAAUCCGCUAAAAGUGUCAAACUUUACACGCUCAUAACUUUUUAACCAUUGGAUUCUUAAAGUUAAGCCUUGCAUUUUCAGAUUCUACGCAUCAAAAACUAUAGAUUAAAAAAAAAAAA